AUGAUCGUCACAGACUCAAACAGGAAGAAAUUUAGAAAUUACUGCAAGAAGACAGCCACAACACUGCGAGUGUCGGAAGCGUUAUCUGGUGUCUCACUUGGGGCUGAUGUUACUAUUCAGGGUUGGGUUCGCUCAGUCAGAUCUCAGAAGGAAAACCUCUUCUUUGAUGUGAAUGAUGGAAGCUCACUACAAUCCCUGCAGGUCAUUGCCUCAUCCAGUCUGAGUAACCUCGUCCCAACCUUUGGCAGUGCUGUUGAGGUCAGGGGUGUCCUAAAGAAAAGUCCUCACCCAAAACAACCGUUUGAGGUUGAAGCUGAAGAUAUUCACAUUGUUGGAGAGUGUAACCCUGUGGAGUUUCCCUUCAAGGUCAAAAAGAGGCAUAGCUCAGACUAUGUCCGGCAGUUUCCACAUCUGCGGUGUAGGACUAAUUCCUUUAGCUCCUUGUUGCGAAUACGAAGUGAAGCUACUGCAGCUAUUCACUCAUAUUUCAAGGAUAAGGGCUUUGUGCAGAUCCACACUCCCGUGAUCACAUCUAAUGACUGUGAAGGAGCAGGAGAACUCUUCCAAGUUGAAGCAACAUGUCCACAAGAUUCAGAAGAUGAUUCGUUCUUCUCUGUACCAGCCUAUCUCACAGUCUCUGGACAGCUUCACUUGGAGGUUAUGUCAGGCGCUUUUUCUAGAGUGUACACUUUUGGGCCAACAUUUCGUGCUGAAAACUCGCAGAGCAGACGUCACUUGGCUGAGUUUUACAUGGUGGAGGCGGAGCUCUCAUUCACACAGUCUGUUGAGGAUCUGACCAAGAUCAUGGAGGACAUGUUCAGAUCAGCCACAGAGCAGGUCUGGGCUCAGUGUUCAGACGAUGUAGAUUUGUUUCACAAACAUGUGACUCCAGGACACCGGGAAACUGUAGAGGCUAUGCUCAAAAAUAGGUUUGCUAUUAUUUCAUAUGGUGAAGCGAUAGACAUCUUGCAGCGCAGCUCAGAGGAUUUUGUCUUCCCCACAGAUUGGGGCUGUGACCUUCAAACUGAACAUGAGAAAUAUAUAGUCAAACAUUGUGGCAACUUGCCCGUCUUUGUCACUGAUUACCCAUAUGACUUAAAGCCAUUUUAUGCAAGAGACAACCAGGAUCAUCCUCAUACAGCAGCUGCUGUGGACCUGCUGGUGCCUGGGGUGGGAGAGCUGUGUGGCGGCUCCCUCAGAGAGGAGAGACUCGAUCUGCUCACUGCUCGCCUGGAGGCAGCUGGACUGGAGGAGACCUACAGUUGGUACCUUGAUUUGAGACGUUUUGGCUCUGCUCCUCAUGGUGGCUUUGGAAUGGGAUUUGAAAGAUAUCUGCAGUGCAUCCUGGGAAUCGACAACAUCAAAGAUUCCAUCCCUCGGCAGCUCGGUGGGCGUGGUAAGAGUUGGGAAAACAAACAGCAGACACCCCGUGCUACUUCCUUCGGCCGCAUCAGUUCAGUUCCUUCGCGGGUCUUCGGCAGCCGUCCGUGCGUAAAACACCUCUCCACCAUUGCGCACUGGAGUAGCGCACCGCCACCACCACCGCCGCGGUCCGCUUGA